AUGGAGGUUCUGCUAGCUAUUACAGGAAAAGAUUUUGUACUCACUGCAGCAGAUGACACCACUGCUCGCUCUAUCGUUGUCAUGAAGCGAGGUGAAGACAAGUCCCGCGAACUCACUAACCACACAUUGAUGGUUUACUCUGGAGAGGCUGGCGAUACUGUUCAGUUUGCAGAGUACAUUCAAUGCAAUUCCCGUUUGCACAGUAUUCGUCAUGGGAUCGAACUGUCUACUAAUGCCAUUGCUAGCUUCACUCGGAUGGAGUUGGCCACUUCGCUCCGUAGCAGGAACCCAUACCAUGUUAAUGUUCUAAUUGCUGGAGCAAACCCUAAAACUGGCGCUCCUGAACUCUACUGGAUUGACUACAUCUCCAAUAUGAGCAAACUCAAAUUUGCUGCACAUGGAUAUGCUUCCUACUUUUGCUUGUCUACCAUGGACAGAUACUGGCAUGAAAACAUCACACAAGAAGAAGCUAUUGCACUCUUGAAGAAAUGUCUUGCUGAACUGCGCGUACGAUUUAUUGGAAAUCUGCCCGAUUUCUUUGUCAAGAUUGUCGACAAGAAUGGAAUCAAAGAGGUUAAGCUUUGA